CAGAAGAGGCAGAGUGGAUACAUAACUCUAUACCUACGGACACCUAAGUGAGUGAGCGUAGAAAGAAGGAACUACAAAAAAAAUUCAAUGACAGCAUUAUAUAUAUUUUUCUCUCUUGACUAGACAGUCACUUGGAAACCAUCACCGAAACUCAGUCACUCUUUUGUGUGAGCUUCUCUUCUUCUUCAAAAAGAUAAUAAUCAUCUAGAAAUAGUUUAUCCAACCGUCGCCAUGCUCCCGGCGCAGGAAGCGGCUAAGAUCUACCACACCAACUACGUGCGUAACGCGCGCGCCGUGGGCGUCCUGUGGACCAUCUUUACCAUCUGCUUCGCCAUCUUGGUGAUGGUGGUGUUCAUACAGCCCUACUGGAUCGGGGACAGCGUCAACACCCCUCAGGCGGGCUACUUUGGCCUGUUCCACUACUGUAUCGGGAACGCGCUCACCGGCGAGCUCAUCUGCAAAGGGAGUGCGCUGGACUUUGGCUCCAUCCCGUCCGGGGCCUUCAAGACAGCGAUGUUCUUCGUUGGUAUCUCCAUGCUGCUAGUGGUGGGGAGCAUUGUUUGCUUCAGCCUCUUCUUCUUCUGUAAUGCCGGCAGCGUCUACAAGAUCUGCGCCUGGAUGCAGCUGGCCUCCUCCACUUGCAUGGUGAUAGGCUGUAUGAUCUACCCUGACGGCUGGGACAGUGAGGAGGUGAAGAGGAUGUGUGGACAGAGAACAGAUAAGUACACCCUGGGUAACUGCACGGUGCGCUGGGCCUACAUCCUGGCUAUCAUCAGCAUCAUGGACUCCCUCAUCCUCUCCUUCCUAGCUUUCUCCCUGGGGAACAGACAGGACCAACUACUGCCUGACAACUUUCAGGUGGACGGGAAAGAAAAAGACAAAGAGGAAGCCUGAGCUCAUGAAUCUACCACAGAAGACAGACUUACUACAUACAACAUGACUGAAGGAUCUGAGAGGUGGUGGUGUUGUGGAAAUAAAGCACAGCUAGUUAAAAGUCAAUAUCAACUCCACUUUUGUGCACCACUUUACAAUACUACAUA